UACAUGAUUAGUGUGAAAAUGGAUAUAGAGAAUUUGUAUUUAAUUGUUUUUUUUAAUCGAUCUGUGACCUGAAUAGAGAGAAAUGUAUAUAGAGAGCUGAUUUAGUAUUGAGGUGUAGUUCAUUGAUUGUUUCUUUCUCGAUCUCUGACCUGAUUCUAAACAAUGGCUAAAUAAUUAAAAAGCGGUUCGAAAAAUGGCCAUACCACCCAAUUAGUAGCCCCGCAUUAUUCAAGAUGGAUAAGGUGGACCAGAAGGUCAACCAUUUUUGACCAAGUACUCAUACCAAAUACCAACACCAUUUCUUCUCCAAUCACAAUUCACAAACCCUAGAAUCCUUCAACGAACAAUGAACGAUCUCGAAGCAAAAUCACCAUGGGGAAACAACCAGUUAAGCUGAAGGCAGUUGUAUACGCUUUAUCACCAUUUCAACAGAAAGUAAUGCCUGGUUUAUGGAAGGAUCUACCUGGUAAGAUCCAUCACAAAGUUUCCGAAAAUUGGAUUAGCGAGUGCACCAGUAAGUACUUAUUUAUUCUGUUUUCUUUUGCUUAAUUUAUUAUAAUUCACUUGUUUUUUGUUUAGGCUAGGAUUUGAAUAGAUAAAAAUGGAUAUAUAGAGAAUUUAUUUAACUGAUUCGAACUGAUUUAGUUUUAGGUGUAGUUAAUUGAUUGUUUUUUCUCGAGAUCUCUGCCCUGAUUAGAGGGAAAUGGAUAUAGGGAAUUUGUUACAAUAGGGGAUUUUAUCAUUUGGGCUAGGAUCCGAAUAGAAAAUGUAUAGAGAAUAUAUUUAAUUGGUUUUUUCCCCCCUCGAUAUCUGACCUGAUUAGAGUGAAAUGGAUAUAGUGAUUAAGGAUACAGGGCUUUGGUUCAAUUGGCAAAGGUAGGAGGUAUAUUAUUGAGUAGAGAAAUCUAUAUAGGGAGUUUCGCUCUUCUGGGCUAGGAUCCGAAUAGAGAAAUGGAUGUAGAGAGAAUUUGUAUGAUUGAUUCACGCUAAUUUAAUACUGAGGUGUAGUUAAUUGAUUGCUUUUUCCUUGAUCUCUGACCUGAUUAGCGCGAAAUUGAUAUAGGGUAGUCAUGGGUCCAGGGCUUUGGUUCAAUUGACAAGCUGAAACAGUGGAUUUCUCGGUAAUAAAUAAAUGGAUAUUAGGGAUUAUAUAGCUUACCCUGACUAAUUUAGUAUGGACUCUGUCCUAUGUAGAGCGUAAUGGUUAAUAUAGGUGAUCUAUGGCUGCAUGGAUUUGGUUAAAUUGGCAAAGGGGACUUAUGGCUCCAGGGCUUUGGUUCUAUUGGCAUAGGUAUGGGGCCAUUAUCCAUCGAGUUUCAAAACUGGAACAAUGAACUUCUUGAUCAACAUAAGGUGGACAAAGGGGAAGUAAUAGCUGAUCCAAACUAAUUUAUUAUUGAGGCGUAGUUAAUUGAACGUUCAAGUACUGAGCGGAUAUUCAAACGUAUAUUCAUGUGAGAGCAAAGCCUUUGGCUGAAAAACUGAUUGAAGGCAGACCAAGAGUAUUACCUGUGAGGAUUUAUUAGGAUGGCUCUGGGGAACUUAUUGCUCGAGGGAUUUGGUACAAUUGGCAGAGGUAGUUAGGGGGUCUCUUGUCCACUGAGUUUGAAGCUGAAACAGCAGAUUUCUCGGUCACAAGUCAUGGACAAAGGGGAUUUACCUAGCUGACUGUAACUAAUUUACUACUGAUGGGUGGUUGAUUGUUUGUUUUGCCUUGGGACUCUGAAAUGAAUAAUCUGAAUGGAUAUUGCAGAUUUAUAUAGCCAACCGGACCCCAACUAAUUUAGGAAUGCGGUGUAGUUGAUUGAUUGACUUUUUCCUGGGCUCUGACUUCACCCUACCCUGUCUUUACCAUUUUUGUCUUCUUUGACUGCAUAGAUUGAUGUUGUUGAUUGUUUGAUCGAUUGCAUAUGAUAUGAAAAGGUUGGAAUUUUUGUUUUACUUUCAUAUACAAUUGUCUAUCAAAAACAACAUCUCUACCCUCACAAGGUAGGGGUAAGGCUGGGUACACACCACCCUCCCCAGACCCUACUAGUGGGAUUUCACUGGGUAUGUUGUUGUUCUUCUUCUUCUUGAUAUACAAUUCCUUGAUUAGAUUCAUGACCACGUGAAUCAUUUAUGAAGAGCCUCUGGAAAAGACUUUGAUUUGAUUUUUUGUUUACAUGAAAAACUUAGGCUUAAAUAUUGCCUAUUAAUCUAGUAUUCCUUGAUAUUGCUUACUUGGACCGUCCAUGGAGUGGUUAAUUCUAAUCAAACUAAUUUUGCGUCUGCUUAUUGGCAAGCCGAUUAUUCAGAGAAUUUCAAACCAUGCGCUUCUUACCCUCAAGAAUUCAUUGAUUACAACAACAACAACAUACCCAGU